GCAUGUUGUCUCCUUGCCUGGGGUAUGGGAUGGAAGUGAUUUGGGGAAAGGCCUGAUGGAGAGAGCCCAUGGGACGUUUUAGCCCUUAUAAGCCUCCCUUGGCUCACAUACUUACCCCAGGGCUGUCUGGUGACUCCAGAACCCUGUAGAUUUUCUUAGCACGCGUGUGCUUAGCAGUCUCCAGCGAUGUCCUUGGUGCGAGGCUUCUCGCGGGCCCUCCGAAUGUGUGCCCGCCUCCCUUCCCCCACCACUGGAGACAAAUCUGGCGGGCCCUCUGCGCACGCUCGGGAGCUGGCGGCCCGAGGCGCCUUCUGGCAACCGGACGCCAGCCUCGGCCUAGAGAGCGACGAGACGCCAUGGACAAACGAAUCAUCACCGUCACCUCCACUGCAAAACCAACUCAGAAGACAUCAUCUUUUGAGAGAGAAGGAUGGUGGAGGACAGCAUUAACAAAAACCCCUAACCCUGGAACUUACCACUUGAAAACUUUUAUUGAAGAAUCUCUAUUAAAUCCAGUGAUACCAACCUAUAGUUUUAAAAAUGAAGGAAGGAAGAAACCAUCUCUUGUGCAAAGAAAUGAUCCAGUACCAAAUGACCUCCCUCAGUACAUGCCUCCUGACUUCUUGGACUUGUUAAAUAAGCGAAUGGCCACUUACUCGUUUAAAGCCAAACCACGGUCAAGCGCCAGCACACUGGUUUGCAGAGAUCAGUCAGUUAAGCUUUCUCCAGGACAGUACGAUCUCCUUCCUGCACCAGUUCCCAAGCACGCUUCCAGGAGCUUCACAUUCCGUUCUACAGUUCAAAGAUUUCCGACAGGCUACUUCACUCCCCAUGAAGGCCCAGGACCAGGGCAUUAUAAUAUGAAGAUACCUUCAGCCAGUUCUGUUACUUCUUGUUUUCAAUCCAGAGUACCUCGAUUCUUGCCUGCCUGUUCAAAAACCCCGGGCCCAGGAGCAUACACACCUUCAGCACAAUUUCCCAAGCAGUCUCGGACCAUAACCAAAAUGGGCCGAGAACAUAGCCUUUUCUUCAACAACACAAUUGGUUUUUAAAAUAAACCUGUUUUGGCCCUAA